GAUGAAUAGAGAUGAGUUUAUUGCAGAAAUGAUUAAAGCAUUGAAAAAUAAUGCGAAUGUCAAGCCUAGGAAGAUGACUGCAGAAGGAGCAUAUGAAUCGCUUACUUUUUCGUAUCCUAUUGUUGAGAAGGACGGAUUAGCUGCUUUGGUGGACUUGCUGUCUAAUGCAUGGAACGGGGAUAAAUCAUCGAAUAUGAAGAUGCUAUUUCCUUCCUUUUUUCAUUUAAAUCGGGAUUUUCUAAGCGGCUUGGAGUAUUCCCUGAGCAAUGCAUCGAAUUCACCGGACAUGCAGCAACUUUUUGAUCAGCUCGGGUUUUUGGUGUAUUAUCAAUUACCCUAUAUUCUCGUCACAAACAAUGUAUCCAAAUCAUACUUAUACAAAUAUCUCAAGGACGUUGACGAUUCUCAACAAGACGGUGAAGCUCUUCUCUUGUCUCUUCUCAGCCAUUUAAACAACGGUCAAAUCAAGUCGAUAUCCGUUGGCUUCGCUCGAAAAAUGUCCCUUUCCGCUUCCUUUUUCCCCUUUCUCUCUUGCUUUCUCUCUCAACCCGCUCCUUCCUUCGCUUCCGAAUGGCCUCUUCUCCUUCUCUUCCUUCAAGACUUUCUCUCCGAGCAUCCCUCCGAAACUUCUUUCUUCUUCCCAUCUCUCCUUUCUUUCACACAAAAACUCGCUUCCCCCCAACCCUUCCAAUUCAACGGCCAUUCCAUCGACAAGAACGUCCUCCCAGCGUUCCUCCUUCUCACCUCUCGCAUCGCCAUCGAGCUCGCCGACACAUCCGUCGACUUCGCUUCCUCGCAAUCCUUCCAGCAGUUUUUGCAGCAGUUUGCCUCCGCUUCCUACCCUUUCAUCGUCGAUACCAUGCGGAUUCUUCGCUCCCUCUACGCGGAGCAGCGCGAAAAGAUCGCAAACGCCGACGCGUAUCGAUUGGUCCACUCCUUUCUGCAGCUGUUUCAGAUCAUUGCGGGGUUCAGCAUCGACGAUUCGUUCCGAUUCUUCGCUCAAUCAGGGUGGAUCGCCGUGUUGUUAGAGAUUCUAAACACGUAUUCGCCCGCGUUGGAAUUGUCUAAAGAUACUCGCUUUCUUGUUUUUAUUCUCAGCGUGCGCAGCACGAAAGCCAUCGAAUUCUUUUCGAAAAUCGCGUCAGCUGCGGAACUUCUUGCCGAAGCGUCGACUCUCGCGUUCCCUUCUGCUUUUUGGAGGCUUUACUUCCAUCGAAACUCGCCGCAGAACGAAGCCAACGCGUUGAAUGCGAUGUUGAGCGAUUCGCAGAGCGGAAACGCAGUGGAAUAUUUAUCGACGUUUUUGUCUGCAGCGCCGUUUCUGCGCGCUUCUCCGAUUCUUCGCAGUUUGCAGGCAGCGUUUAAAGCGGAUUUGCUUUGCUAUCUGGAUUUGAUGAGUUCGAUGAUUCGCGAAGCGCAGAAGCGAGUUUUAGACAUCGAAACAAACAAAGCGAACUCUGCAAAGCUGAAGGAAGCGAAGGAAAAAGAAACAGAAGCGGCAAGCAAUGCAAGCAAUGCAAGCGAUGCAAGCGAUGCAAGCGAAUUGAAUGAAGCGGAACGAACCAAAGAAGAGAACGUUAGUUUGGAAAGCAAGGUCUACGAAGCGAGUCUUCGUCGACUCAAAGAACUCGCCGUGUCUCUACGAUAUGGAACAAACAAAUGCGAUUGA